AUGAUAUUAAAACAAGAUUCGAAGGACCCGAAUCUGGGUGGCAAGUUAAUUAAUGUCGUACAAGUGAAAGGUUCACCAAAUACGAGUCCAGUAUUAAAUUUAUCGAAAAACGCGAGCGGCGGCAGCGCAGGAUCGCCGGUCGACGGCGACCAUUCCGGUAGCGAACCGGACGUACCGCCCUCGCCGCACUCGCCGACGCAUUCCGUUCCGGACGACGACGACGACGAUAACAUCUCCGAUCCGGACGAUGACGAUGAGAAGGAUCAAGACCUGGACGACGGCGAUCUUCCCUUACCGACGGCGCCUGGUAGCGACUCGCAGCACACGGCUUUAAAUUAUUCGACGUUGGCGAGCGCAGUGGCGUCCGUCAACGGACCCGGCCAGGACGCCGCAAUUUCCUCGACCGAAACGCUGUUAAGAAACAUACAGGGUCUCCUGAAGGUGGCGGCGGAAAAUGCCCGACAGCAGGAACGACAAAUCAACUACGAGAAAGCCGAACUAAAGAUGGACGUACUCAGGGAAAGAGAAGUGAAAGACAGUUUAGAAAGACAAUUAGCCGACGAACAAAAAAUUAGAGUGCUCAUGCAGAAACGUCUCCGAAGAGAACGGCGAGACCGAAGACGACUACAAGAUCAGAUAGACGUGGAGAUUAAGCGGAGAGCGCAGCUUGAGGAUGCACUAAAGGCGGCGGGAGCCGGCGAUCAAAUUCGUAUUAUAAAUGAGAAAUUGGCGCAACAAAACGAGCAGCAACGUACGAGCGGCGGCGUCGGCAACAGGACGACGGCGUCGUCGACGAAUCACGCCGUGACGAACGAACGAGGAGGCGACAGGACGGAACAGCAGCAGCAUGCGAGCGCAGCGGAAAAGGAGAGAGUGGAGAGUCCUGCGAGCGCCUAUAAUCAGAACGUUAGGGAACCGCCGCCGCCGCCACCUCCAGAUGUAAAACCUUGGGGUUAUGCCGGGAUUGAUCUCAUGAAUACUGGGGCCGCUUUUUGGCAAAAUUAUUCAGAAUCCUUAGCGCAAGAACUGGAAAUGGAGAGAAAAUCGAGGCACCAGCAGGUGGAACGGGACGUCAAAUCUCCACUGCAGGAACGUUCAAAUUAUUACAAAAAUUCGGUUCUAUUCACAAGUACCGCCACAUAAAUCUUCCUUAAGAGAGAAAACUCCGAAUGUACAUACCCUUAUUAGUAUCAAAAAUUCGAGCGUUUGUACUUUAUUAUAUAAAUGUUUAGCGCUAGAAUAUCGUAUUUAUAUCAUGUAUACGCCUGUACAUAAGAUUUUUUGUUUCUUUGUAUUUAUUUUAAGACUGAUUUUUCGAUGUUUUGUAAACACAUGUAGAACGUGAAGGCUUGUAUAUAACGCAUGUGUCGUAAAUAUGUAGAUACAAGUAACUUUUUCGUCUGUGCGAACUUGGAUUAAUGAUAAAAAGUGGGAAUGAGUUAAUGUUGCACAAAAAACUAAUUUUUAUAAUCCAAUACUGUUAGAAGGAUCUCUUAGAUUAGGGUGAGGUACCUACGCAUACCUGUAGACUAGCGACGUUUAGCACAUUUUUCAAUAGUGUUAUUGUAUACUAAUUCAGAUUUUUGCUAGUAUACGCUCUCGGACAAUCAAUGUCACAACUACCUUUACGUUACGAGUGAAUUUCAGUUUUCACAAACACAUUUCGAUAUAGUGCGAUCGAAAAUUUAUUCAUAGAGUCCAAUUUGUAGAUUGUAUGAAUCCUAAUCGCUGAUGAACGCCUGUAUUUAUUGUAAAUAUUUAUGUUUGUGUGUGUGUGCCUUGUA